AUAUAAUGCGGCUAGUUGUAGCUCUGCUGACAGGUCACUACCAUCUCAACAGGGGCCGGUAUGUAUCCAGCAUAUCAAUCUCCCGAUUCCGCUCUUUGAUGACUUCAUGCGCACUCUGAAGAGGGAAAUACGUAUACGACGUCGGUUAACGCAUUCCAACAUAGAGCGGCUCUACGGAUGGGUUUUGUCUUCAGAAACUGAAACAUCAAUCAGUCUUAGUUUGAUUUCCACUUGGAAUGCUCACCGCGAUGUCAUGGGUUAUUUACGCCAACACCCAGCUACAAAUCGUCGCAAGAUGGUGUACCAUAUAGCGCUGGGUCUUUGCUAUCUCCAUUCGGAAGGAGUCGUUCAUGCAGACAUCAAACCGGUACGCCAGCUACACCAGAUAUUGGCGAGCCCUUUAACGUUGUCAUUCUACUGAUUAGGAAAACGUCGUAAUAGGGGAUGGAGGCAAUCCCUGUUUACGUGGUUUCCGAUUUUCGUAUGAUCGUUUGGACAAAUUACUUCCCACCGAUCAUCAUCUCAGUCCCCGUUUUAAAUCCCCAGAAUUGCACGAUAUUGUCAGACGCACUCCGGAUCGAGGAAGCGAUGUCUGGGCUUUUGGUUGUGUCAGCGUACAAAU